AUUUAUUUUUUUUUUUUUUUUUGGGAAAUUUACUUUCAUUCAAACAACCGGCCGGUCCACAAACCGAGGACCGCCGGGCCAAAGUUACAAUAUAUACACAGGCGACUUAACCCAUUCUUUCCACAACAAAGACGUAAACGUAGACCUAUUUUGUAACCAAAAGAAAGACGCCCUUUUAAUGUUUCUAAAGACGUAUCUACCGGAAGAGUUUUUGCUUCUAAAGAUUUUAUCAUUCCGCGCCUCCUAAAUGCACCAACAAGACACCAUAAAAAUACCUUGGAUAAUACUAUCGUGUAGUUAAUACUAAAUCAUACCUUGGAUAAUACUUACGUUGUAUGAUACGUUCCAAACAAUAUCUAGAAACAUAUCUUAUUAUUAACAAUAUUGUUUUAUUAUCUUAUUUAUGAUAUCAAUUAUAUAUGUAAUUUAUCAAAGAAAACAAAAGCUCUUAAUUAUGAUCUAAUAAUACACAUAUGAUCUAAGAAAUAAGAGAACGGAUAUGUUGCAUGUGGGUUGGUAAAAAGACUCACUUGAACCAGGCAUUAGUUUUUAAUGUUUGAAGUUACACGACCCAUAUAUAUGGGCGAAAACAACACAACGAACAAACAAGAUUUACCUGACCCUUGAAUCCAAAUUCCCUUACUAGAAUCUUAAUUUUAACUUGACGGUUUCUAAGUUUCUCCACAUUUUAUGAUUUCAUUUGCUUCAAUUUCAAUUGUAAACUUUUAUGAAUCGAUGAUUUUAUUAAUUCAUGCGUUUUUAGUCAUUUAGUUUUAGUUUUGCAUUGCUAAUUUUAAUAUCUAGUGUUUGACAAUAUCUGACAACUUUACAAUUUUCAAAAAAUUAUACUAAAUUUUCUCGACCAUAAACAUUUCAGUUUGCUUUAAAAUCAUCGACAAUGGGCUAGAAGUCACGAACUUCCACAUAGGAGUUUUGUGGUUAUGAACCGAUAAACCCAAAAACCUUCCAGAGACGGCUGUCAUUUUAUCUCCCUCUCAUAGAGCUCGAAUUCUUCUUGCAGCGAUCGCGAGGUUCUCUCUCCUCGCCCUCUCUCUUCAAUGUCGGCCCUCCCUCUCUCCACACAGACAUCUAUAGAACUACAAACCACGCAUCCGUUGCGGGUGCCUAAUUUCAAGAUCGCAUAUAUCUUUUUUCUUUUUUCAUAUCCACUUUACAUCAUCCAGCCACACCAAACUUAUUAAUUUUGUCAUACUUUAGCUGUUUAACUUUGUUACUUCACCCAAACCACGUACACAUAUAGAUAGUAGAUAACAUGGUACAAGUAUAUAGACAACUAAAAGACAGAAAAUAUGUGGCAAAAGAGGAAGUUGCCAACUGGAUGAUCAUAAAACCUAACUCGAUACAACGCUUAAAAGAUAUUGUUUCCCUUUCUUUUCCCUCCACACCAAGUAACCAUAACUUAAUUACAUCGAUGAUGCUUUAUGUUCCUGUUUUUGCUCAUUCUUUGCUUGCACAAAAACCUUGACAAACACCCUUGGUAUAAAUAAACCUUAAGUUAUUAUUUUAUCCAACAUACAAACAGAAAACAUAAGAGAAACAAGAAGCAGAAUAUUAAGGUGGCUGAUCGAUCAUCGAUGGCUUUCUCGUACAAGAACAUCAUCAACAGUUGGUGCACCCCCGGCCCGAGCCCAUCACGUUUGUUUCUAGGGACACAAAGACCGUUAAAUUCACUGAAGCCCAAUUCAAGCCCAAACCCGACCAACAAAAUAAACCGGGUCCAGAUCCUCAACGCAACCCAACACCCCUCUUCUUACGUUGCUUCUUUGGCUACUUUCGCCAUACUCACCCGAAGUGUCGCGAACGAUGUUCUAACUGUCGGUAAAGAACUCCGUGCCAUCGCUGACGAAUUCAUCCCACGAGAGUACCAAGACUACUACCUCCAUGAAAUGAAAAAGCUUCUUAUUACCAAAACAACCGAAUUCACAAUUGUUAUAGAUGAAUACCAACCUCAAUCAAACUCCCCCGACGAAAUGUUCAAGGCUGUCGAGACAUAUUUAGGCAGCAAAGUGAAUGAAUCAUGUGUUCGGAAGGUUAGCGUAUGCAAACACAAGGAAACUUUAGCGGUCAGAAUGAACGAAAACGAAGAGAUCAUCGACGAAUUCGAUGGGGUUCAAGUGAAAUGGAGGCUAGCGACAAACAUUGAAACCGGGGACCUACAAUCGGGAUCAAAACGCUACGAAUUGACUUUCCAUAAUCGACAUAGAUUCAUGAUUCUCGAGUCAUACUUACCGUACAUUUUGGACCGGGCUAAUGAAAUUACAGCCUGUGAAAGCGGGUUAAAGCUUCACUUGAUUGACAAAGGAUAUACAGAACCGAAAACCAUUGUUCUCAAUAACCCGAUGACAUUCGACACCCUGGCGAUCGAGCCUGAGCUAAAGAAGACAAUUGUUGAUGAUUUAGACAGUUUUAAAAAUGGGAAGGAGUACUACCGCCGAAUUGGUAAAGUGUGGAAACGCGGGUAUUUGAUCUACGGUCCUUCGGGUACGGGCAAAUCGAGCUUGAUCGCAUCGAUGGCUAAUUACUUAAACUACGACAUCUACGACGUUGAUCUUGCAGAAAUCGAUUCAGACUCGAAACUUAAAAGUAUUUUGCUAGAAAUGCCAAGCAAAUCAAUACUGGUUUUUGAAGAUAUUGAUCAGAUUCAAAACCCAACAAGUGAUGAUAAACCAUCGCGUAAAAGAACCUUUGCGCGACUAUUGAAUUUCAUGGAUGGGAUUUGGUCGUGUUGUGGCGAAGAACGAAUCUUCGUCUUCACGACCAAAUGCAAAGAUAAACUUGACCCGACACUGCUUCGUGCGGGUCGAAUGGACAUGCAUAUUCAAAUGUCGUAUUGCACGUUUUCCGCAUUCAAGCAGCUAGCUUUCAACUACUUGGAGCUCCAAGAACACAAACUUUUUGAGCAGAUUGAAGAGUUGUUGCAAGCUGUAAAUGCGACUCCAGCUGAUGUAGCCGGAGAGCUUAUGAAGUGUAAGAAAGACGCAACAGCAUCGCUCGAGAAACUUAUCGCCUACCUCGAGAAGAAAACAUGUUUGUGAGGCGUGACUCGAACCCGAUCGGUCAUGAAUGAACCAUUAUAACAAGUCGUGUUAUGUGAAUAGAGACGAUUGUUAGCAAUGCAAUAUUGUACAAAAGUAACAUUAUUUGUAAAAUGAAUUGGUAGUUAAGGAUUUUUAUAUACUAAUAUGUAUUUUUUUAGACAAA